UCUAUUAUCCCAGUAGUUUUCAAAAUACCUACUUCACGAAAGAAAAAAAUAUAUUCUGUGGUAUCGCCCUUAGUGCAAUUUGAUGGUCUGUGGUGCAAUCUGCAAUCGACGAGUUCAAGGUUACUAACCUGAAGACUGAGAACUUCAUUCAUGGUUAAAUUGUCACAUUCCCAGUGAUUCCCUUGCAACAUGAGCGCCAAACAUUUAGCAACCGGUUCGGAAAAACCGCCGAAAGUCGAAGGAAAAUUGCGCCUCUACUCCAUGGAGUACUGCCCUUACGCCCAUCGCGUACGUCUGGUCCUUCUCGCGAAAAACGUCCCCCACGACAUCGUCAACCUAAACUUGAUCAACAAACCGGAGUGGUACAAGGAAGUGCAUCCCGAAGGAAAAGUGCCGGCGUUGGACAUCGGCUCGAAGAUCGUCGUCGAAAGCUUGGAUAUCGCCGACUAUUUGGACGAGCACUACCCCGACCCUCCUCUGUACCCCGCCGAGCCGCCGGCGCGCGAACAGGACAAGGAGCUAAUGAAAAAGUUCGGCCCGCUCGGCGGUGUCUUCUCCAAGCUGAUCGCGGGGCAAGAGAAGAAAUCGGCAAAGGAGUGGCUCGACGAGCUGACUCCUCACCUGCAGGUGUUCGAGGACGAAUUGAAGAGGCGUAACACGACGUUUUUCGGCGGGGACAAUCCAGGGAUGGUCGACUACAUGCUGUGGCCGUGGGGUGAACGAGCCGGUACCGUUGCGAUAGUUCUGGGUGAGAAGCUGCCGGUUGGCGCCGAUGACUUUAAGUUGUUGCGGGCCUGGAUGAAGACUAUGCGAAAAGUUCCAGUUGUGGAUAGCAUCCACCAUGGGCCGGAGAAGUAUUACAAGACCGUUUUGAUUAAAACUGCUGCCAUUCCUCCUGAUUACGAUAGUAUUUAAUUGUCAAUCUAUUGAGUAAUAAAAUAUGUCUUGCAAAUAA